AUGAAAUUAUUUCAUAAUUCCCCUAUUAUUGAACUUAAUGAAAUUACUCUUCAAUUUAUUGAUUUAAUUCCUUCGUUUUCUUCAAAACAUUUCAUACUUAAUGGGAAAAUAAUACAAGACAAUGUCCCUAUCCAAGUUCUUCAACAAACUAUAGAAUAUUCAACUACUUGUUAUCUUCCAGAAAUUAGUUCAAUGUCUUUAGUAACCAAAGUCAAAGGCUAUUUGCCAAAAGGAAUACGAUUGAUAGACUGGAUGAAACGAAAAGAUAAACUAGACUUUCUUUUUGUGAUAAGUUAUGAUGAUUUAGAUAUCAUUUUAAAUGGUUUUGAACAAAACACUAUUGCUAAUGAAAUUGUGAUAUUACUAAAGGGUGAAAAGAAUCAUCUCAAAAAGUAUAAUAAGAUUCCUCAUUUGACUAUUUGUUUUAACUAUUUUAGUGAGCCAUAUUACUCUAAUGAAAUAGUUAUGAAACAAGAAAAUGGAUUAAUGAGAAUGGUUGGAUUUCAUGAUAGUAUUUCUUUAAGAAUGUUAUAUAACAUGUAUUUGUUUACUUACAUUGUCAUUCUGAAUUCACCUAGAAAUGAUCAGAUUCUUCACUUUGAAAGCUAUAAAAUGGUAAAGAGACUUAUCAAUUGUAACACCCCACAACAACUAGUAUUACCAAAAGACAUGGAAUAUUUCGAAGGAGAAUAUUAUCCACCUGAAUGUCAUUUAAAGGAAUUAAAAAUCAAUUACUGUGAUACUAACCAAUCAAUUGAACAAUCAAUCACAUCACUAACAUUAAAUGGAUUUGUUGAUCACUAUCAUUUCAUACCAAACUAUGCUCCUUUUAACUCAAAUCAACUAAAAACUUUGCAACUCAAUAACAGUGAAUUAAACCAUUCACUGAAAUGUCUUAAUCAAUUAACACAACUUAUUCUAAUGGAAUGUUAUAUCAAUGUCCCUAUUAAUGAAUUCUAUCCAUCUUCAUUGAAACGGUUGUAUUGUCAAAGGGAACAACUUCCUCAUUGUUUAAAUGUAGAAGAAAUGAUUAUCAUAAAUUUGAAUGAUUCAUUUCAUUCUUCUCGUUGGCUUCAAUCAAGUAUUAUUAUGUUUAUUGUGUAUUUAUUUAUAUUAAUAACACUGUGGUUGUAUUUUAAUACACACAGAAUCUCUAUUAUUUUUCCAUUAAUACUUAUCUUUCAACUUAGUUUGAUUCAAUCAUCUUGGAAUAAGAAUCUGUGUCAUUGUCUUAAUUUGAAUGAAUACCAUUAUCUCCACCAACUAAGUAUUUGGAAUAUUCAAGAUGAUAUUAUUCAAUCAAAUAGUAUUCAAAUAUUAGCGUUAUUUCAUUCAGCAAAGUAUAUCAAUUUAAAGUCAAUUAGAUCACUUAAGAGUGUUUUUUUGAAGAACAGUCCAUAUGUAAUUCCUCCACCAUUUUGUAGGUCAUAUAUUUUGAAUUAG